UUGAGAUUCAAACUUGGCGGAAACGUCCAUCGUCUUCCCUUCAUUUUAGUUGAAGAUUAGAGGCAGCGUCUCCAUCUCAGUUUCUCUGUCUCUAUAACUUCGCUUUUAAUCAAACACUAAUUCUCCAUGGAUUUCCUUAAUUUCAUUAUGAUGAUACCUUCAAGCAUACUUGCUCCCUUUAACCUACUUCUUCGUUUCUUCCUCAAACGUUAUUACACAAAACAAUUUCUCUCUGCAAUAUGCUUCCCGUCCUUCUGCCCUUCAGAAUUUUUCUUCACAAAUUCCUCUUUUUUGCCUUCCGAUUAGUUCAACAAUACGUUUUCAGAUUUCAGAAGGAUGAUCAAAGAAAUGAGUUUCUGGACAAAAAUCGAGUCCUUUCUAAACCUUCUGGAUUUCAGGAGAAGGGGAGUAGUGAAAUGGAAAUGGAUUGUGAGAACAGUGGGAAAACGAGGAAUUCUGUUUUAUGCUCUGUUUCUGUGGAAACUAUCUCGUCUUUUACUUGUGGGAGGGAAAAUUUUGAAAUGUGUAAUGCUGAUUCUGCUAUUUCUCGUAUUCAACCCACAGCUUUGGCUAUAGUUUCUAAGGGAAGAAAUUCUGGUGGCUUGAAAUGUAGUGGCGAAGUUCUUGAUGUUGGUUCAGAAAACAAUGGUUCCGACGUGUUUGAUUCAUUGCCUGAACCAGAAGUUCAAGUGUUUUGGGAAGAUUGUCCCGUUCCAUCUGAUUCAGAAUCUGUAGGGGACUCCACCAAUGGCUCUCCAAAGAUCAAUCAUGAUCAGGUUGAUGAUUCGUCAUGCAAAGAGAUCAAUGCCGAGGAAAACAAGCAACUUGAAUCUCUCAAUAAUUUGACUCAGAAAGAGGAAGAAACUGUCAACUUUUCAAAGAAAUCAACAAAAAUGAAUUUUCUGGAGAAAGGCUUCAUUUCAAAAUUUGAUCAUAUGUCUGAGCUAAAUUAUCUACCAGAUCAUCAGGAUAUAGUACGUCAGCUUGAAAUGGAGCUGAAAAAUUCAAGAACUGGAGGACUUCCAACAAUUUUUGAAGAGGAAACUGAGUCAGCAGAAACAAUUUAUGAAAAAUUGAAGUAUGAAGAAGUGAUGGGAGAGAUACAAAAGGUCUACAAGACUUAUGCAGAGAAAAUGUGGAACCUCGAUGUCUUAAACAAUCAGUGUAUGCAUGCCAUUGGUUUGCUGCAGCUACAAUAUCCACUGCAACCAGUUUCAUCACAGAACUCACAGAAUCCGUCAUUAUGGUUCGGAAAAGCUCGGAGGCUGGGAGCUGACACGAGACUUGAAUUCAUAGGAGAUUUACUUAGGGACAUAGAACUAGUGUACGUAGGACAAGUUUGUCUUUCCUGGGAAAUUCUGCAAUGGCAGCUUAGGAAAUCCAUUGACCUGCAACGAUAUGACUCGCAAAGCAUUCAUCGUUAUAACCAAGUCGCUAGUGAGUUCCAACUUUUUCAAGUUAUGCUGAAAAGAUUCAUGGAGGAAGAAAGAUUUCAGGGCAACAGAGUUGAAAACUAUGUCCAAAACCGCUGCAUAUUUCGUUCUCUUCUGCUAGUUCCACCCAUCAAAGAUGAUGGUUUUGCUGAAGCUGAAGGAAGAGAAUGGGAAGAUGAGGAUGGGUAUUCCAGUAAUUUUGUAACAGAAACCAUAGAGAAAUCAAUGUGCGUUUUCUAUGAAUUUCUUCUUUCUGAUAAAGAUGAUGUUAAAAGUAUCCUAAAACUGAACAGAAAGCAUCAAAUUGAAUUUCAAAAUACAGAUCAGCUUUUAUUGGCCAGCAUACAAGCUCAGUUUCAGAAGGCAGAGAGAAAGCUGAAGAACCUUAUGAGAUGCCGCCAUAGAUGUUCUGCGGAGAAGUUGAGAAAGCUACAAGAAGCUGGACUGCGUUAUUCAUUAAUACUUCUCAUUCUUCAGGUUGACCUCAAAUUGAUUUCAAGAGUGCUGAGAAUGACAAGAUUGACUACCAACCAACUAUUAUGGUGCAACCAAAAACUGGAUCAACUUAUAUUAAUAAACAGAAAGAUCCACUUGGAACCCUCACUUCUGCUUUUUCCCUUUUAACAGUCUACUUUUGACAGUUCAGAACAGAAAACAGUAUCGAAACGUCUUUUUUCGUUCAAAUGUAAAGUUCCCAAACAUUAUUACACUUUCUAGAAUGAAAUAUACGUUGAAUAGAUCAAAUGUUCCCUAAUAAAAA